UACCAUCCUCAAAAGGAAGAACCCGUCGUUUCCAUUAAAGCCAAGUCAAUACCUAAUACAAGUCAAAGCGCAUCUGCAAAUCUCAUUCCAAUAUGACAUCCUUCUUGACAGUUGAGAUUUAAAAAACGAAGUCAAUAAGAAAAAAACAACCAGACACAGCCAUAGCACAGCUUUGGAAUCCAUGAUACCUUCUAGUGAUCUCAUUUCUUUCCUUGUACCAACUUGUUUUCAGGGUGGCACCUUGCAAAUCCUCCUAAAACCAGUGAUGUCCAUCCGAAAAUAAAAGAACAGAAAGGAAAAAGCUCUUCUUAUUUACUUUCUUUUGUCUCAGAACCAAAUCCUUCUUCUUUUAAGAUUUUAAAGAUGAUGCCUACCAAGCUUGGAGCUGAAUUUGACUCUGAUUAUCCCUUCUCAUCUGAAAGUUCAUGUAUGAGCAGCAAAUCGUCAUCAUCCUCAUCAUGUUACCAGAAAGAAGAUAAUAGCUACGAGGCAGGAAGAGAGCUGAAGAGGAAAGUAAAGAAGCUAAGAUCAUCCAAGCUUGCAAGAUUGCCCAGCUUGAAGCUCAUCACAAGACAAGCCAAAAUUCAAUCUGAUGAUGUUUCUGUCCUGUCUAGUGACGCAGCAAGCUCACAACAUUCAGGCAUGUCACCAAAUUAUAUGAGGACCACCACUUCUUCAAAUGCAAAGAAAGAGAAUUUGCAGAAAUCAGCAAGAACUUUGGCAAGGCGAUCUAGUUUUAAGCCAGCAAAGAGUUUGACAAGGUUGUCUAGUAUAAAAUUCAGGAGACCUUUGAUAAGGAAAUCUUCUGGAGGAACUGACCUGAAGAAAAAAAUGAAGAGGUCAAGAUCAAUCAAGCUUGCCGACCGAUCUUCCAUUGUUUUUGCAAGUGAUGCGGAUGCAUCGGUGGAUUAUUUGGAGGCAAAAAACUGUUCUGAUGGGAGGAAUGUUCAUUUUCAGGCAAGUCCCCAUCGUGAAUCUACUUUGAUUAGCAACAAUGAGGAUAGGAAAAAAUCAAGUAAUUCAAAGCAGAAUUUAGCUUCUUCUGGUAACAACUCUAUGAGAGUCAUGACAAGAACUUCCACAUUGAGAGCUGUAAGGAUCUUCACAAAAGUGGCGAGCUUCAGAACAAAGCGUUCUCAAAUUCCAGACUCAAGCAUCCAAAAAACCACCUGUUCUUCGGCCAUCAAAGACUCCAAGUUUCCAAAUCAUCUUGAGCUGCAACCAGGAGGAAGAAAAUCUGAAGGAAAUUCGAUCAUGAAGGUUUGUCCAUAUAGCUACUGCUCCCUUCAUGACCAUCGCCAUUCCGAUGUACCUCCGCUUAAACGCUUUGUAUCAAUGAGGCGACGUCUGUUAAAGACCCAAAAAAGCAUGAAAUCAGAGAGUCGAUCCUCUCUAAGAGCGAAGCAUUCUGGUAUUUCAAAGAAGGGAACACAGACAAGUCAAUCGGCAUCUUGUGGAGACUUGGCAGUUCUAGAAACAGCCCAUGACAAGAUGGCUGUCUCAUCGUCCAUUGGCAGAAAAGCUCGACAAAGAGCUGAGUCAAAGAGUGCUCACGGAGGAGAUGAAAAAAAUUACGGAGAUGUAAUAAGUGUCACUGAGAACCAAACUCUUCCAGAAGAAGCUGAUGAAGGUAGAAUUGCUAGUUUGAACUUGAAUGUAUUUAAAGGUGAUUCACAAUUGAACACUGCAAAGGAAAAUGCUUCAACAAGUGUAGCUGAUGAACGAGUCAAUAAACCCCGAAGCCUAAGCCUGAAUAGAUUCGUGGAGUCCACAGAAAUCGACAAUAAGGUCUCUUCUGUUUCCAUUGGUAAACCAUCGCAAGAGGAAACAGCAUCCUGUGAAGAAAAGAACCAAGAUGCUGUGCAAGAUUAUCGGUUCCUUGGUGCAGAUUCUGAGCAUGAUUAUACAGUGGAUACAGGCCACAGAAAUCCAUGGGAGAAACAGAAGCCCAUGGGAUUGUGGAACCUAAUAUAUCAGCAUAUGGCAUCAGGUGUUGCUGCAGAAGAUGGAACCCGACCACAUCUUAAUAAAGAAGCCAAGGAAGAAGAAGAAGAAGAGAAUACAUUGCCUGGCAUGAGCAAAUCUGGUUCUUUUCAGGAUUUUUCUAGUACAGAUCACAGCAUUGGUGAGGAAGAUCAUGAUGAACGCAGCCGGAAGAUUCAGCAAUACCAAUGUGAUGCCAUUAAGUUGGUGCAAGAAGCAUUUGAUAGAAUACUCUCAGAAAUUCCAGACCAGCCAACUGAUGAUCUAUCAGUUACUAGUGACACAACUUCAGACAGGAGGAUUGCAGAAGACGAUCAUGGUGAAGACAGACAAUUGAACAUCUCAACUUCCUAUGAUUCAUGUGGAGACAGCAUGGUGCAGGAACCAGAAGAAACGAGGCUCCAAGCUGAUAAUGCCUUCCAAAAAGAGAAGGCAGAAUCAAGUGUGGAAAGCAAGUCUAACCAGCAAACGCCCAAGAGCUGGAGUAAUCUGAGAAAAAUACUCAUCCUCAAGAGAUUCAUCAAGGCAUUGGAAAAGGUGAGGAACUUCAGUCCACAGAAGCCACGGAAUCUAAAUGUAGAGGCUGACCCAGAAGCAGAAAAGGUUCAUCUGCGUCAUCAAACCAUGGGAGAGAGAAAAAAUUCUGAGGAAUGGAUGCUUGAUCAUGCACUUCAACAUGUUAUUUCUACACUAGCCCCAGCUCAAAAGAGAAAGGUAGCUCUGCUUGUACAAGCAUUUGAGAAAGUCACCCUGCCUACAGAAGUUGGUACUUCGCCAAGGUCCAACAUAGAAGCUUCUUCUCAAACAACUCCAGUUCAAACCAGCAUCGGUGCCUCUGACUGCAAAGGGUCUAGAGAAGGAAAAGAAACUAUAUUUGGAAUCACUCUUUGUAAGACAUCAAGCCUUGAAACAAGCUUCAAACAGAAUCAAGACCAGGCCAGUGACUUCUACAAAGUGGAUGAGCACAUUCAAGGUUCUUGUUCUGAGGUGAAAGAAACAAGUUUAAAAAAUGGAUGCAUUCAUCUAGCAUCGAGUCCUUCGUCUUCAAAGAACACUGCUGCAGAGUUGAAGAAUGAAUUUUUUGCUUUCAAUCUUGGUAAUGGUGAAACUAAUUCCACUGUUAAAGAUGAUGAGCCUGAUUUCGUCAGCCACUGUUUGGUGGAGGAUACAGAUUCCAAAUUAUGUGACAAUCCAUUGCCAAAGUCAGCUGAUGUUCUACGAACUUCUAGUGAGGAACUUGUGAUAAAUGGGGAAACCCUCCAAGAGGAUGCCAAAGAAGCAAGUGCAGUUUCUGCCUCAGAGGUACAUGAUCGUGAUUUUGGAUUAAACGGCCAAAAGUCAGACAUCAAUAACAAAAACAACGGAACUUGUGAUGAAUCAGAUGAACCCAAAAGCCAAACCCUAAAAGAUUACGAGGGUUCCAUUGCAAAUACCGAUGUGGUUUCUUCAUCUUCAGUUUCUGUGCCACUAAAGGAAUCAUCUGAAGUUGCUGGAGAAGAAAAUAAGCUCCUCCAAGGAUCCACCCUGCCUGACGAUUCAGAACCACGUUGCACAACUGAUGCUGCACAUGAAAAGCAGAAACAUAUGAAGUUCUGGUUCUUGAUAUAUAAGCACAUGGUAUCAGGCAAUGCGACAUUACUUGAGGGAGCAGAGAACGAAGAACAAGGGGAUGGUGGCAACCAAUUGGUUGUAAUGAACACAUUGGAUAAUGAUGACGCGGGCAACCAAAAGAUUAAACUCCAGCAGAUUGAAACCAUUAGACUGGUAGAAGAAGCAAUUGAUCAAAUCCCUCUUCCAGAAUUUCAAGAAGAUUCACCAGAUGAUCAAUCAGUUGCCUGCGACAUAAUUCAAGACCAGGACCAGGAGCACACAGAAAAGAAAGCUGGGGAAGGGGAGGAACCUUUGAUCUCAUCUUCCUUUGAGGGCACCAAUGAAAGCUUUGAAAAAUCUGACAGCACAAAAGUAGAGGAGAGCACCACACUGUAUCAACAAGAACAGCAGCUCAAUUCUGAUAACAUCAGUGCACAAGAAAAGGCAAAACCAAUACCACCAGCAGGAAACAAGCCAAAGCCGGCUAUGCAAAACUGGAGCAAUCUGAAAAAGGUGAUCCUCCUCAAGAGAUUCGUUAAGGCAUUGGAAAAGGUGAAAAAAUUCAAUCCAAGGGAGCCACGAUUUCUGCCCUUGGACCCUGCAAGUGAAGCUGAAAAGGUUCAUUUAAGGCACCAAGACACGGGUGAAAGGAAAAAUGCUGAUGAAUGGAUGCUUGAUUAUACGCUUCAACAGGUUGUUGCUAAACUGACUUCGGCUCGGAAAAGAAAAGUGUCAUUGCUUGUAGAAGCCUUUGAGGCAGUCACCCCUAUUGGAAGUUGAAAAAUACAUGAUACAGCAGCCCUUUGAGUUAUUCUGUAAGGUGAAACACAGCCCUUGUGUUUCCUUUCUGUUAUCAGUUCAAAGCCAACAAUGUUGCCCACAUAGAGCAGCCACUUGAUUUCUUUUAUUGAAAACAAAAAUUGAAGUCAUAACGAGUUUA